UAAUAACAUGUGCGUAUUGUGUAUCAUGUUUUCUUUCUGAUGCUCGCAAAAUAUAUUUCGAUAUUGUUAUUCACAUUGGAUAUUAUUUUUUAAUAUAACAUAAUUCGUGAAAGUUAAAACUUGUUCCUACAUACUUAGUAAAACAAGCAAUUAACUAUGGUAAUCUCUAAAAACAUGAAUAAACCAUCUUUAAAAAUAUCAGUAUCAGAUCACGAUUCUUCAAGCACGGAGGAAAAUGAAGAAGUAGAAGAUGAAAGCAACGAAGAAAAUUCACAAAAUGGAACUUUAAUAACAAAUGAAGGCUGGGCUGACUCAAUUACAAAGAUCCUGGGUUCUACGAAACCGAAAAAUAAAAAAACUUUAGUGCUAUCAAGAGCAAAGAAACAUUCUCAAUUAAUAAAAAGCACAAAUGAGGAAAAACCAGCUUUUGAAAUAAUUGGAGAAGGAAAUGAGACAGAAAAAGAAGUUAAGAAAGAAGUGUUACCAUCAGAACCCCCUGAAAAAAAGUUGAAACAUGAAAAAUCAUCAAUUAGAAUAAAGCCAAAUAUACUAGAGAAAGAUAGAGAGCGGCUACUUUCAAAAAUUGCCACAAAGGGAGUGGUACAGUUAUUUAAUGCUGUGAGGAAUCAGCAAAAAUCAUUAGAUCAAGAAAUGAACAGGAAAGACCUGCCAGAAACAAAAAAGGAGAAAAUUAUAAAAAAGUUUGACAAAAGGGCAUUCCUUGAUACUCUUAUGGGCCAGACAAAGUCCAUAGUAGUAGAUGAGGUAACCAAAACAUCUGAUGUUAAAGAAGAGGAUAAUAAACCUAAAUGGAAUGCUUUAAGGGAUGAUUUUAUGAUGGGGGCAAAAAUGAAAGAUUGGGACAAAGAAUCAGUAGAAGAAUAAAAAUAAAUGUAAAAUUAUUAAUCUUGUUUUAUUUAUAUAAAAAAGUGCCUAUUCAUUAUUACCAUAAUCUUUUUAUUUACAAUAAUUAAUUUGUUAAUAUUCAGUUAAUGCAGUUGUUAUAAU